GCAUAGGCUUGAAUUCCGCCUUGAGGGUAUUUUGGAAGUUCUCGCGAGAUAAGGGAGAGUACUAUCGGGGCGGUAAGAGUGUCUUUUUUGGAACACGUGGGCGUGCUUAGAGUUUGUUGGACCGCAUUUCACUGCUGCACCUAUGGAAGAAACCAAGGCGAGUCCCGGCCAUGCAGUGGAGGCAGAAGCCGGACCCGAGUGGAAUAUUCCGCCCAACGCUCCCGCCUGUAUGGAGCGCCACCUGGACGGGGCCCAUUACCGAACAGAUGGUUCUCUGCUCCUGGGAGCAUCCAGUUUGAGUGGUCGUUGCUGGGUUGGUUCCAUUUGGGUAUUCAAAGAUACAUCAAGAGCUCCUAAUGAAGGCUUUUGCUCUGCGGGUGUUCAAACUGAAGCAGGUAUAGCAGAUCUGAAGUGGGUAGCAGACAAAGGAAUCUUGGUAGCAUCAGAUUCAGGUGCUCUGGAAUUUUGGGAGCUGGAUGAGAAUGAGACUCUGAUAGUGAACAAAUUCUGUAAAUAUGAGCAUGAUGACAUUGUGACAACUGUGAGUGUUGUUUCCAACAAUACACAGGCUAUCAGUGGCAGCAAAGAUUUCAGUGUGAAGAUCUGGGAUAUCCCUCAACAAACAGUACUCAGCACAUAUAGAGCCCAUUCUGGUCAAGUGGCCUGUGUGGCCUCCUGCCCUGGAAAGGAUACAGUGUUCCUGUCCUGCGCUGAGGAUAGCAGGGUUUUACUCUGGGAUACCAGAUCUCCAAAGCCAGCAUCUCGAAUUGCUUGCAAUGCCUCUUGUAAUCUUUCUACCUCUCUGGCAUGGCAUCCACAUCAAAAUGACACUUUUGUUUUGGGUGACGAAAGUGGGAUGAUUGCACUUAUAGACACAAAGAAUCCAGAUACCAUCAUCAGUUCAACUGUGCAUUCCCGUAGUAUCACAGGAUUUGCUUUUUCUGCACACAGUUCACCUCAACUGGCUUCUAUCAGUGAAGAUUGUUCUGUCGUUGUUCUUGACUCCAGUUUUUCAGAAGUUUUUAGGAAUCGAUCUCAUCGAGAUUUUGUAACAGGCUUAUCGUGGUCUCCCUUGAAUAAAAACUCAUUGACAACAGUUGGAUGGGACCAUCAAGUUCUACAUCACACAAUACCAGUGCAGAAUAACCACCGUUCUGGGAAAAACGAUAUUAUCACUGCAUAGUUUGUACUUCCUGGGUCCUUUCCUCUGGAAUGGCUCUUUUUGUGGGGAGAUAUAACGGAGCUAAAUAAUACUCCAGCAAAGAAUGGUCCUAUAACAAUUUCAAGUUAAAUGAAUGGGAGAUGCCUUCCAGCUGCUUAUUGCAGCCAGUCAAAUUCUGCAAGAAACUGAAGUUUUAUAGUGAUUUGGACAAUAGUACAAAAAGAAUUGGUUUCAUUUAAUUUUUGUUGGCAAUACUUUAUACAACCUUGAAAAUGUUGCAGAUGCAUAUUUUUCUUUGUGUAUUUUUUACUGUGGAAUAAAUCUUACAGGCCUUUCUGGAUUUGCCUGCCAGAUUUUGGUCAAAUUUAUAAUUUAAUAUACUCAGUUCACAUAGCAUAUACAUCAGUUUAGUUGUGAGGCUGAAUGCUUCAAUUUGGCAUAUUCCAGUUGGGGGAAUCUUCUAGUGUGAAGCAAAAAAAAAAAAAUCUUUAUCCAAUUUCCUGAUACAGAAUUUCUUAUACAUUCAACUGUGCAUAAUAAAAUCCGAUAGUUUUCUUGAACAGCAACUCUUUCCAUGGUUCUCUAGCAUGCAUUGCAGACAAAACCUCACUUGUAACAAUAGCAAGGUGUAUGCAAAAUAAUUUUUAUCUUAGCUUUAGGAUGUGCUUUUUUAAAAAAAGGGCCGGAGACAAUAGUUGGGAAAAAUGUUCUGCAUAGCAUAUCUUGUUGGACCUGACCCAGCCUUCCAAGUUUCCUUUUCAAAGUCCACAUCUUUCCCUAAAGCGAGGCCACUUCAGAAAGCAGCUGUAUUUAGAACUUCCAUAGUUUUUUUAGCAGAUACUUAAUAUUUCACUCUACUCCCCUACCCCCGUCUUUGAUAAGUAGUAUAACAAAAAUGGUAUUAUUGUAAAUUCUAUGAAUCUUAAAGUGCCGUUUGCCUUUAAGUUGUCUUACAAUACUCAUUAGAGAAGCCUUCCUAACUGGGCUUUCUCAAAACACAUUGGGAUUGCUCUUCCCAUAGGAUAUGCUGGCUAAGAAUUCUGGGAAUUACAGGGCAUCUGGUUAGGGGAAACUUUUCCUAGACACUGUUCUGCAGAUUCCCUUGUUUGCUACUUGGCAAGAAGUCUUUGGAUAUGUUUAUAUUAUGACUUCUCCUAUUUUGGUUCAGCAUUUAGGAAUGCAUGGAGAGAGGAGGGAGACACUUUGAAUCUAAUUGCUUUAAUUUAGAUUGUAUAACAGAUCCAAACAGCUGUGCAUAUGAAUGGAAAAGGGAAUUGGCUAUUCUGAAGUUAGCGGACAUUCCAGGAUUCCUUGAGUAUAAAAAGACUGAAAUCUUGCAAACUCCUGCCUUCAGUAUGAGCUUCCACAUUUUUGGGAAAGGCAUAGAAACAGGCAAGUUUGGUGUAAAAUGUGUUGUUAGCUGUUGGGGUUGUCCACCAUUGAUUUCUAACCAUGUAUGUUUUUAUAAAUGUUAUAUUUUAUUCACUAUAUUCAAGCCCAAAUUUCAUUCUGGAAUAAAAAUUAUAGGCAUAUUGAUGUGGCACAUCAUGGUUUUGUAAUGAGAUGCUAGGAGAACUUCUGGAGAAGGUAGAGAAACAUAGUUAUUUGAUGUUCUUAACUAUUAAAUACUGUCCCAUGACUUGUGAAAUCUGAAAUGCAUAACAACCGUACUCAAAUGGAAGGCAGUUUUUAAAAUAAACCUCUUUGUUUUUAAAUUUG